CGGCGGCGGGGGCGGCGGCGGCCUGGAGGAGCGAAGCUGGGUAGUCCUGCGCUGUGCUCGCCGCCGGAGACCGGGGCUUUCUCGAGCUGGAGUCCAGAUCUUACAUAAAAUGGAUAAUUCUCACAAUAGAUACUGAAUAUUAAGUAGAAAGUUAUUUAGUAAAAUCUAAGCUGCUAUGGAAGAAAUACCAGUAAAAGUUGCUGUAAGAAUCCGACCUCUGCUGUGCAAAGAAGUUCUUCAUAAUCAUCAAGCUUGUGUGAGAGUUAUUCCAAACACCCAGCAAAUUAUCAUUGGGAGAGAUAGAGUCUUUACUUUUGAUUUUGUUUUUGGCAAAAAUUCCACUCAAGAUGAAGUUUAUAAUACAUGUAUAAAGCCACUAGUGUUGUCUCUCAUUGAGGGCUAUAAUGCAACUGUUUUUGCCUACGGACAAACUGGAUCUGGGAAGACCUACACCAUUGGAGGAGGCCAUGUUGCUUCAGUUGUGGAAGGACAAAAGGGUAUCAUUCCUCGAGCUAUCCAAGAAAUAUUUCAAAACAUCUCUGAGAACCCUAGCAUUGAUUUUAGUAUUAAAGUGUCUUAUAUCGAAGUAUAUAAGGAAGACCUAAGAGAUCUUCUAGAAUUGGAAACAUCAAUGAAGGAUCUUCAUAUUCGAGAAGACGAAAAAGGAAACACAGUGAUUGUUGGGGCCAAAGAAUGCCAGGUGGAGAGCGCAGAUGAGGUGAUGAGUCUCCUGGAGAUGGGGAAUGCAGCCAGGCAUACAGGGACCACACAAAUGAACGAGCACUCCAGUAGAUCACAUGCGAUUUUUACAAUCAGCAUCUGUCAAGUGGAGAAAAACAUAGAGGCAGGUGAAGACGGAUCGUGGUACUCCCAUCGGCAGAUUGUCUCAAAGUUCCACUUUGUGGACUUGGCUGGCUCCGAAAGAGUAACCAAAACAGGGAAUACUGGCGAACGGUUCAAAGAAUCCAUUCAGAUCAACAGCGGGUUGCUGGCUUUAGGCAACGUCAUCAGCGCUCUCGGGGACCCCCGCAGGAAGAGUUCACAUAUUCCAUAUAGGGACGCGAAAAUUACCCGGCUUCUGAAAGAUUCCCUGGGAGGCAGCGCCAAGACUGUCAUGAUCACUUGUGUCAGCCCAUCCUCCUCAGAUUUUGAUGAGUCCUUAAAUUCCCUCAAAUAUGCCAACCGAGCCCGCAACAUUAGAAACAAGCCCACCUUAAACUUCAGCCCCGAGUCAGACCGAAUGGACGAAAUGGAGUUUGAAAUCAAGUUGCUUCGAGAAGCUUUGCAAAGCCAACAGGCUAGCAUCAGCCAAACCAGCCAGAUCCAUCCAGAGGAGACUCCCGAGAGAAACAGGAUCCAUUCUCUGGAGGAGCAAGUGGCCCAGCUGCAAGGCGAAUGUCUGAGUUACCAGAACUGCGUGGAGGAGGCCGUUACCUUCCUGGUGGACCUAAAGGAGGCCGUCCGACUGAACCCAAAGCAGCUGCACAAACUGCAGGAGUGGCUGAACAUGACUCAGGAGGUCAAGAAGGCGGGGUUCACCUCCUUCAGAGGGAGCCACGGCCUCGGCAGCCUGGGAGAAGGGCCUCAGCACGUUACGGUCCUCCAGCUGAAGCGAGAGCUGAAGAAAUGCCAGUGUGCGCUGGCUGCCGAUGAAGUUGUGUUUCAUCAGAGAGAACUGGAGGUGAAGGAACUAAAGAACCAAGUGCAAAUGAUGGUCCAGGAAAACAAAGGCCACGUGGUAUCUUUGAAAGAAGCACAGAAAGUGAAUAGAUUACAGAAUGAAAAAAUAAUAGAACAACAACUUCUUGUGGAUCAACUGAGCGAAGAACUAUCAAAACUUAACCUAUCAAUGACCUCUUCAGCUACGGAACCUUGUGGAGACGGACCAGAUACCAGGACAGCCACGAAGAGGCCAUGCACUGUACCCUUUGAUUCUCGUCUGGGACAUUACAUUUAUAUUCCAGCCAGACCAGGUUCCAGGAAGGUCUACACAAGCGCUUCUGUGUACUCUCUGGAUCGAGUAGUUGCCGGAUUUCGAACACGAAGUCAGAUGCUGCUGGGUCACUUAGAAGAACAAGAUGAAGUCCUCCACUGCCAAUUUUCUGACAACAGUGAUGAUGAAGAAUCCGAAGGCCAAGAGAAAUCUGAAAUUAGAUGUAGAAGUCGCUCAUGGAUUCAAAAGCCAGACUCUGUUUGUUCUCUUGUUGAAUCGAAUGACAUUCAGGAUCAAACACAAAAGUCAAGUUUGGGGAAUGAAGAUUUAAAGAUUGAAUGUCUUCAGGAGAGUCAAGAUAUGAAUUUGCAAAAAUUAAGGAAUUCAGAACUCAUACUUACUGAAGCUAAACAAAAAAUGAGAGAACUUACAAUUAACAUCAAGAUGAAGGAAGAUCUAAUUAAAGAACUAAUAAAAACAGGUAACGAUGCCAAGUCGGUAAGCAAACAGUAUUCUCUGAAAGUAACAAAACUUGAACACGAAGCAGAACGGGCGAAGGUGGAAUUAACUGAAACAGAGAAGCAGCUGCAAGAGCUAGAAAACAAAGAUCUUUCUGAUGUUGCUUUGAAGGUAAAAUUACAGAAGGAGUUCCGUAAAAAGAUGGAUGCCGCAAAGCUAAGAGUCCAGGUCUUACAGAAGAAGCAACAAAACAGUAAGAAAUUGGCAUCACUGUCGAUCCAAAAUGAGAAACGUGCUACUGAACUAGAGCAGAAUGUAGAUCACAUGAAAUAUCAAAAGGUACAGCUGCAAAAAAGACUUCGAGAAGAAAAUGAAAAAAGGAAGCAACUGGAUGCGGAUAUCAAGCGGGAUCAACAAAAAAUCAAAGAACUAAAGUUAAAAUCGGAACAGGAAGAAGCUCUGAAACUGAGAGCUGAGGAGCUUGAUGCAUUUAAGAUGAAAAAGAGAAAAGGUUCGUUUGGAAGAACAGACCAGCUCCAGAAAAUGGAUGAGCGAAAGAAAUGGCUAGAUGAAGAAGUAGAGAAAGUCCUGAACCAACGCCAAGAACUGGAGCAGCUGGAAGAAGACUUAAAGAAGCGAGAGGCCAUCGUUUGUAAGAAGGAGGCCCUGUUACAGGAGAAGAGCCACCUGGAAAAUAAGAAACUGAGAUCAAGUCAGGUCUUAAGCACAGAUAGUUUGAAAAUAUCAACUCGCCUGAACUUGUUGGACCAAGAGUUGUCUGAAAAGAAUGUAGAGCUUCAACACAGCACAGCUGAGGAGAAAAUAAAGAUUUCAGAACGAGUUCAAGCCCUCCAGAAAGAAAAGGAUCAGCUACAGAGACGAAGGAACAGCGUGGAUGAGAAACUUAAAAAUGGUAGUGUGUUAUCACCUGAAGAAGAACAUGUUCUUUUCCAACUUGAAGAAGGGAUUGAAGCUUUGGAAGCUGCAAUUGAAUACAAGAAUGAAAGUAUUCAGAGUCGCCAGAACUCACUCAGAGCCUCACUCCAAAACCUCUCUCGUAGUGAAGCAAAUGUCUUGGAAAAACUCAUUUGCCUGAGUCCUGUAGAGAUGAGAGCUAUUCUUUUCAGAUAUUUCAAUAAGGUGGUCCAUUUGCGAGAAACUGAACGGAAGCUCCAGUUACAGAAUGAAGAAAUGAAAAUGAAGGUUCUGGAACGGGAUAAUAUGGUUCGUGAACUGGAGUCUGCCCUUGAGCAUCUGAAACUACAGUGUGACCGGAGACUGACCCUUCAGCAGAAGGAGCAUGAGCAAAAGAUGCAGCUGCUGUUACAGCAUUUCCAAGAGCAAGAUGGUGAAGGCCUCAAGGAAAUGUUAAAAACAUAUGAAGAUAAAAUCCAGCAGCUGGAAAAAGAUCUUUAUUUCUAUAAGAAAACCAGCAGAGAUCUUAAGAAGAAACUUAAGGAACUGGUAGGGGAAGCAGUUCGGCGGCAGCUAGCAGCAUCUGAACGUAAGACUUUUCAUGUCACUUGUCAUGCUAACGAUCAUGAUGCUGGGGAUAGAGUUCUGAACCCUGAUGAAGCAGGCAUGGUUCCAGAAGAAUUAAAAUGGGCAUCCAGAACUGAAAAUAUGAGAUUAAGUGGAAGAGAAAGAGAACUGGACAAUUCAACAAGCAGUUUAAGAACACAACCAAAUCCUCUGAAACUCUGGGAAGAGGGCCCAGAAUUGCCUUUGAUCUGUAGCUCUUUAGCACCCACUAGUGGACAUUUGUUAAACAAUGAGGAUAAAAUAGAAGGAGAUGAAAAUCAUUUCACAAAAUCUCAUAGCCGACCAUCACCCCAAAUCCAGCUGGUGGGUAAUGUGGGACAGCUUCAUGGUGUCACAUCUGUAAAACUGUGUCGUAAAGAGUUACGUCAGAUUUCUGCCUUGGAACUAUCAUUACGACGUUCCACUCUUGGAGCUGGGGUUGGAUCUAUGACUGCUGAUUCCAUUGAAGUAGCUAGGAAACCGAGUGACUUAAAAACUUAGGCCUUUAGUAACAGAACUUUUAACUUUCAGUAGGAGGUAUUAGAUUCCUUUGUCUAACCUGUUAGAAAUUAAAGCUCUUCCUUCAGGAUAUAGGAAGAAGGGGAGGAAGGAAUCAUCUUGUAUACUAUAGAUGUAUGUAUCUUCUAUGGUAUGUUUGGGAAGUUUUAAUUAUUUGCAGACAAUUAGCAAUAAUUGUAAUUAGCAAAUGAACAUGUUCUCUAAUACUGUCAAGUAAUGGAAAAUUUAAAUUUUUCACAUAUUUAAAUAUUUAUUUAUUUGAAUUUA